AGCAUCAUUAAAUGACAUGUGCAGUCAUACUGAAACAUUAACUGCCAAGUAAAAGAAAGGAGGAGGAUUUUUUUUAUCACAACAGGGACUACACUUUUACUUCAUUUUCAACUUCAAACUUCAUUUAAAUUAAUUAUAGUGGCAAAAAAAACGUCCUUAUCUCAUUUUUUUCUAUGCCUGGCAUGUAUAGCUACUCCACCCUGUUGAGAGGUGUGCACCUGAAACAAAUAGUUUCGUUUCUUUAGAAGUGAUCGCCUUUAUAAGGACAGAUGUCAUCCUGUCGUGGCACCAUUGAUUUUUGUUCUCCGAUCUACAAACAACCUAACGUUGCAGUCUGGAAACUUUGAGAGGGCCAUGACGCGCUCUGGGAGGAGCAGGGCAGUGAUGACAUUCAUCCAGAGGGGUAUCCUCAACGGAGACCAGCUGCAGGCGCACCCGGUGCAGGUGUUUAUCGCCAUCAACGAAAAAUGGGCAACGCAGCGUUCAAGGAACCAGAGACGGCAUCGUAAGAACCAAAGUAAACCGGAUGCUCUGCUUCAAGUUCUGUUCAUCCAGAGGGGUAUCCUCAACGGAGACCAGCUGCAGGCGCACCCGGCGCAGGUGUUUAUCGCCAUCAACGAAAAAUGGGCAACGCAGCGUUCAAGGAACCAGAGACGGCAUCGUAAGAACCAAAGUAAACCGGAUGCUCUGCUUCAAGUUCUGGGGGAGGAUCUGCCACCUGACAUCAAGGAUUGGAGUAAACGGCACGUUAGAAGACUGCUUCUCAAGCUGGAUGGUGUGGAUGACAGUGUUGCAGAAAGACUGUUUCAAGAGGACAUUAAUGGUCCAAAAACCGUUAUCAUUCGUGCUAGAGAUGAGGUGGUAAAAUUACAGAAAGAGGGAUCAACAAGUUCUACAAAUUUCCCUGGAGGUCCUUGCAAACCUUACCCAUUUUGCCAUUACGAUCAUGCACAUAGAUACAGGCAGGACAGCAUUCUUGAUGUCACAGAAUCUGGUGUCUUAAACUUCAUUGAACCCUGCCACGAGUUUAAAGGUUUUUACAACACACCAGAUGAAAGUAAAAUGAGCAAGUUCACUUAUGAGGUUCUUUGCUUUGCAUCUGCCUGCAUGAAUAGCCGCACCAAUGGCACCAUCCAUUUUGGAAUA